AUGGAACAACACGAAUAUGAACAAUAUGAGGUUCGUGCCUCGCACGAUGACUUUGGCGAGCCUCUCGGUCGCCGUACAUCCGCCUUGGAGGAAGCGCCAACGCUGGCACCUCCCGCUGGAUUCCCAGGCAUGCCCAUCACGACUCGUCGUCGCAGCACCGCCUCUCGCAUGACCCAAGAGGACGGACACCAAGUGGAGGAUCUCGAUGCCCUCGUCCGCAGCGCUUCCGCCAUUAGCAGGCACCGCUCUCACGAGGCUCGGGAUAGUGUCUUUGAGCUGCCUCAGAUUCAGCGCCCUCGCGCUGUCAAGCCAGGACCCGUCAGCACCAUCCGAGAGGUUCCAUCGACUCUAAACACGCCCAUUUCGACGAGACCGCCCACACCUACCUCUGGGAUCCCAUCAUCUGACGCCGGCGGGCCAUUUCCCCACGAGCCAGAUUCCGGUCUCGCCACCCCAGCAGAGUACGAGACUGGUGUGCAUCAGGCUUAUCCCGAUGUGGGCGUCAUCAAAUCGUGGCGUGGUGCCAUGAUUCUGCUCUGUACUUGCGGUGCUCAACUGAUGGACAAUGUGUUCAUGACUGGUGUCAAUAUUGCGCUGCCUUCGAUCCAAAAGGACUUUGACGUUGGUACUGGCGACCUGCAAUGGCUCAUAUCGGCCUAUACGCUCACCUUUGGUGGCUUCCUGCUCUUGGCCGGCGUGCUCGCCGAUCGCUUUGGCCGAAGAUUGAUAUUCUGCAUUGGCAUGGGGUUCUUGAGCGUGUGGACCCUGGCCGAUGGCCUAGCGACCUCUUUCAUACAGCUCGCUAUCUUCCGCGCCAUUCAGGGCAUCGGGGCCGCCAUGACGGUACCCUCUGCUGUCGGUAUCAUCAGCAAUUACUUUGUGGCCAGUGACCGGACGCUCGCCCUCACCAUCUUUGCCGCGGCCGGCGCCGUGGGUUUCUGUCUUGGUCUUAUAUUUGGUGGAUUUCUGACCUCGUCGCUGGGCUGGCGCUACAUAUUCUACGUCCCGCUGGCUGUUACCGGCUCAGUCGGGGUUCUCGGCUGGUUCACUCUGCCCAAGGACCGUUUAGAAGGGCUUUCAAGGCCCAGUCUUGACUUUGCUGGGGCCGGUUUGUCGACUGCUGGGUUGAUCCUGCUGAGCUUUGUGCUUUCUAGCGGCGGCGAGUACGGAUGGGGCAAGCCGUUUAUCAUUGUGCUUCUCAUUCUCAGCAUCGCCAUGAUUGGCGUAUUUACCUAUGUUGAGAAAAAGGUUCCCAACCCAAUCAUGCCCCUGUCUCUCUGGAAACUUCCUAAUUUUGCUGCUCUGUGGCUGAGUGGUUUUGUCAUGUACGGUGGUUAUCAGACCACCAUUUAUUAUACCACGUUAAUCAGCCAGGAGAUCAAUGAGCUCAGUGCCGGCCAGACGGCGAUCCGCUUUCUGCCCAUGGGUCUUGUAGGAUUUGUUACCAGCUUGGGAAUGUCCCGAAUGGUCGAGUACUUUAAUACUAAAUAUAUGCUCAUUGCCGGCAUGGGAAUCUGUGCCGCUGCUCCAAUUCCCUCGGCGCUCAUGAGGCCAGAGGAUCUCGACUUUUGGAAGCAUGUAUUUCCUACAACAGUUAUUGGAGUCUUUGGCACCACUAUUGUGUAUUGCACAAUCACUGUCGUUCUCUUGGCCUCUGUGCCUGUCAACGUCAAGAGUCUGUGCGGAGGUAUGGUCAACACGGCAUUUCAGAUUGGCAGCGGUGUUGCCCUAGCUCUUGCAAGUGCUGUUGUCCAAGCAGUUGACAUAAAUAAGGGCCACGACAAACUUCAGCAAUAUAGUACAGGCAUGUGGUGUUGUGUUGGCUUGGCUGGUGUUGGCAUGCUAGCUACCUUGGGGGUCAAGAAUGUCCCCAAGAUGUCUACUGGCGGUCUGGCCAUGGCUCACUGA